AUGACCCAAUCGAUAUUUAUUCAAGUUGGACAAUGUGGAAAUCAGAUUGGACAUCGAUUUUGGGAUCUGGCUUUAAGGGAGCAUGCAGCUACAAACAAGAGUGGCCGAUUUGAUGAUUCAAUGCAGACUUUCUUUUAUCCCACGAAAACUUCCGGCAUAAGAGCUAGAUCCAUCUUAAUCGAUAUGGAGGAAGGUGUUGUGAGGAGCCUUCUUCGAAGUCCUAUAGGAGGCCUCUUUGAAAAUGCUCAUUUUGUCACCGAUCUACCCGGAUCAGGUAACAAUUGGUCUGUUGGCUACUAUGAACAUGGCACAAAACACUCAAGAAAAAUCAUAGAAGCCAUCAGGAAGAGCGCUGAACUAUGCGAUUGUCUCCAGUGUUUCUUUAUUCUUCAUUCAAUGGGUGGGGGAACAGGCUCUGGUUUAGGGAGUUUUGUUACCGAACUUUUAGCUGAUAACUUUCCAGAGGUGUUUAAAAUCGUAACUGCGGUAUUUCCUUCAAUUGAUGACGAUGUUAUUACAUCUCCCUACAAUACGGUUUUGGCAAUUGAUAAACUAACUGAUCUGGCUGAUUGUGUUAUCUCAGUUGAAAAUGGAGCCCUAGAAAAUAUAGUAAAUAGAAUCCACAAAGUUAUUCAAGAUGGGAAGGACAAGCAUAUCUCUAUUUCAGGAAGUGUAAUUGACGGAGCGGGUAGUAUAGCCGGUGGAAAAUCUCGAGCAUUUGAUGAAGUGAACAAUAUCGUCGCCAAUAUGCUAUUAAAUCUAACAAGCUCCGCAAGAUAUCCAGGAACCAUGAAUGUUGAUUUAAAUGAAAUCAGUAUGAAUUUGGUGCCAUUUCCAAGAUUACAUUAUCUUAUAGCUGCCCAAAGUCCAUUUGAAUCAUAUAGUAGCGUCGUCGCUCCUAGGAACAUUGAUCAAAUCUUUCAGGAUGUCUAUUCUCGAGCUUAUCAGCUUAUUUCAACGAAUCCUCUCGAACAUACCAUCCUGGCAACAGCUUUACUACUUCGUGGACCGGGUUGUGCUUCUGAUAUUCGAAGAAAUAUUGACCGGCUUCGAGAGCGUCUACGAUUCGUCGAUUGGAAUCGCGAGGGUUGGAAAGUGGGACACUGCUAUAUUUCUCCUGUUGGUCAAAAAACAGGUGCUCUUUUGGCGCUUUCAAAUAGUACUGCUAUCACCCCGCCUUUCACUUCUCUUCGUGAACGAAUGAACCGACUUUUGCGAAGAAAAGCUCAUCUACACCACUAUUCAUUGGGUUCUAAUGGCAACUUUGACGCUUUUUCGGCGUUAAAUCAAGCUGAUGAGUCCCUUAGCAACCUCAUAAAUGCUUAUGAGUUCUUCAAUAACAGCUGCAAUAAAGAAACGUGUUUAGACGAGCGUACACCUGUAAUCAAAAUUGCUGAGUAA